GAUGAGCCGUAAUCCGCGCUGCGGCCGUCGCAAAAGUGCCAGUUUCUCCUAACGACCAGCAACGCGGGGAGGAUGGCGGCGCUUGGGGCGAGGGAGGCCGCGGCGGCCCCGGGCCCGGCGGGCUCGGCCGAGGCGGCGGAGGCGGCGGAGCUAAGCCGCGCCGUGAGCCGCCUGCUGCCCGGGCUGGAGGCCGACAGCAAGCUGGGCCGGCGACGCGCGCUGGAAGCGCUGCAGCGCGCGCUAGAGGCGGCCGACCCAACGGCCGCUGCCUCCGCCCCAACGGCCGCUGCCUCCGCCUUCCAGGCUCCGUGGGCGCGCCUGCUCCUGCCGCGCCUGCUGCGCUGCCUGGCCGACCCUGCCGAGGGCUGCCGCACGCUGGCCACGCACCUGCUAGGGCUGGGCCUGCGGCGCACCGCGCGCCCCCGCGAAGCCCUGCCGCGACUGCUGCCUGCGCUUGCCGCGCGCCUGGCCAGCCCCGAGCCAGGGCGCCGGCCGCCAGAGGUUUGCGAGGAGCUGCGCCUGGCGCUGGUGCAGCUGCUCGCCCUGGCUGUGCGCCUGUGCGGCGCCGCGCUUGCGCCGCACCUGGACGAUGCGGUGCGCGCACUGCGCUCCACGCUUCUGGACCCCUUCGCCGCCGUGCGCCGCGAGAGCUGCGAGUGCGCCGCGGAGCUGGCGCGCUCCACGCCAGGCCAUUUCCACAUGCAGGCGGAGUCCUUGAUCAGCCCCCUGAUGCAGACCCUCUCCCACCAGCACUGGAAGGUGCGGGUGGCUGCCAUCGAAGCCACGGGCACAGUGAUCCAGUUCGGCAAUGGGAAGUCGGUGGACGAGGUGCUGCCUCACUUUGCUCAGAGGCUCUUUGACAACGUCCCCCAGGUCCGACGGGCAGUGACCUGUGUGGUGGGGGGCUGGCUGCUGGACCUGCGGGACCGUUACUCCUUCUUCCACAAGCUCAUUCCGCUGCUGCUCAGCAGCUUGGACGACGAAAUACCUGAAAUCGCGUGCGAGGCGGCCGGCCUCUGGGAGAAGGUCGGCCUGCAGUGGCAAAGGGAGAAUGAGGACGACCUCAAGGACAAGCUUGACUUUACCUCGCCACCCCCAGCCCACCACCCCUCUCCAGAGAGUCGGCCAGCAUUGGGCUGUCGGGAGCUGGUCUUCAGAAACCUCUCCAAGAUCCUUCCUGCCAUCUGCCACGACAUCACCGACUGGGUGGCGGGGACCCGCGUGAAGGCCGCACAGCUGCUGGCCCUCCUGCUGCUCCACGCAGAAGACCAUGCCACACAGCACCUGGAGGUGGUCCUGAGGACCCUGCUCCGGGCCUGUGCCGAUGAGGAGCAGGCCGUGCUCAGCAGUUGUGCCAGGUCUGCGGAGCUGAUCGGCACCUUCGUCAGCCCAGAAGUGUUCCUGAGGCUGAUCCUGUCCGCGCUGAGGAAGUCGCCCUCCUGCCCCGGCCUCCAGGUCCUGACCUCUGCCAUCCGAGGCUGCCCAAGGGGCGCCCUCCAACCGCACCUGGAGGCCCUCGCCACGGAGCUGGCCCAGGCCCACAUCUGCCACGGGGCUGAGGACCACAUCUUCGGCGAGCACCUGCUACUCUGUGUGCAGGCCCUGGUGUCCGUGUGCCGAGAGGGCUGCAGGACAUGCAGCCUGCAGCUCCUGGAGGUGCUGGUGAGCGUGGCGGCGCUCUCGCACGCCCCAGGCCUGGGCGACAAGGUUCAGGAAGCCACAGCCGCACUGGCUGCGGCCCAGGACAUCGACAGCACCCGGGACCUGUACAGUGAGCACACGGGCGCACUCCUGGAGUGGCUGGCCACAUCGCAGCCCAACUGGACCUCCCACUCCGCAGAGCUCCUGCAGUUCUGCGAGGUUGUCACCCGCUCAGGCCCUGCCCUCGGAGAGGCACUACCCCAGCUCAUCCCCAUGGUCAGGAGCUGCCUGCAGCCAGCACGAGACCCCCAGAUGCGCCUGCAGCUCUUCUCCGUCCUGUCCAGGGUGCUGCUGGUGGCCCAGGAGACUGUGGACUCCCGAGGCCAGUUUCACAGCUACCUGGACACAGUGACAACAGACAUCUUUGUCCCCAAUCUGCAGUGGCAUGCAGGGAGGACGGCUGCAGCCAUCCGCACGGCGGCUGUGUCCUGCCUCUGGGCACUUGUCAGCAGCAGGGUCCUGUCGGACGAGCAGAUACAAGAUGUGCAGGAAACCCUGAUGCCUCAAAUUCUAACCACUCUGGAAGAAGACUCGCCAACGACUCGAUUAGUUUCAUGCCGAAUUAUUGACAUAUUUUUAAAAAACCCUGGUGGUGUGAUUAAUCCGGAUAAGUUCAUCAAGAUUUACCCUGAACUCUUGAAACGCCUGGAUGAUGUUUCCAGUGACGUGAGGCUAGCAGCUGCCUCUGCCUUAGUCACCUGGCUGGCACGUAUCAGAAACGAAGACGGGAGGUCCUUCUACCAAAGUCACGUCCAGUUCCUGUACAAGGAACUCUUGGUGUACCUGGAUGAUCCAGAGGGCGCCACCCAGGACGCAGUCUUAGAGGUCCUCAAAGCAAGCAGUAUCCUGUUCCCUGACAUCCUGGUGAAAGAGACAGAGGCUGUCCUUCACAAGCACCGCUCUCCUGUCUACUGUGAGCGGCUCCUGCAGCAUGUUCGGGCCUUGCCGCCUGCCCAGUGAUCGAGUUCUGGGAGUGGAGCCUUUAGUGCAGCAGCUGGAGGUGGGAGUGAACACCAGCUCUCGUCCUUACCUGGACUUGGCCUUUUAACCUCAUGACAGGGCACCUUUUUUUUUCUCAGACAAAAUACAUUUAUUUAAUAAACAAAAUACAUUGAUGAGGGGAUACAGGUGUGUUUCCAUAAUAACUUGUUUUAGCAUAUGCUGCCUGCUGUGAGUGGCUCAUGAGAACCUGGGGUAUACAGAGAAAGGCUUUAGAUCUUUUCACAAAUUUCUUAGGAUAGAGUUGUCCAAAAGUGGUGGCUCAAGCCACUUUGCUGAAUUCUGUUUUUGCACUUUUCAGAAAAUACCCCCUAUCUAACCAGUUUCUUUUUACCAUGUGUAUUAUAUGUGUGUGUGUCUGUGCGAAUUUGAUAAACACACAUACACACCAAUUCCCCUUUUCAUAAAAUGUCCCCAAAAGUUAAAAACAAAACAAAAACCCGACAGCUAAAUACUAUGACAUCCCAAUUAGUAAACACAAAACAGAACACUUUACAAAAAUGAAUAAAAUAUACCAUAUGCACUCAGCUUCCACAUGGAGCACCCAAGUAAGGAGGCUGCUGCGAUGAUGUCUGUAGGCAGUUUCUUUUGGCAGACAGCUCCAGCGCAAUUGCCAUUCUCAAUUAUUAAGUUAUGUGUAAGACGUGUGACCCAUUGGAUUUUUGUGAAAUUACACCCGUGCUUCUGUUCAUGCCCUGUUCUGUCCAUUCCCCAGCAGCUGUCUGCCUCAGAGCCCGAGGGCUAUUGCAGACUCCCAUAAUGCUACCUCGGGGUACCCCUUGCAUUGGCCCAGAAGGGUGACCCCCAUGGCUUGGGACCCACCUUGCAUUGGAUGGCUCCAGGCUUCUGGUGGGCCACCUAUGGGAUGCCCCCAGUGAGGUUCUGUACCCCCAGUAGGAUUGUGAGGCCAACCAGAAGCUCCGGGGGAGCUGUGGCUGAAUGCCUCAGGGGCAAAGUUAGAAAGGACCAUGUUACUAAAACCUAGUCUCACACUUUCAGAGUUGAAAGCUUCCAUCUCUUUUGCUUGAUGCUCCAGCAGGCUUCAUAUUCGUUCAGUGCAUUUAUUCUGCAAUGUCAAUACCUCCUCUUCAAUCUUUGUUCUUAGAGUGUCUUGCAGAGGAAGACCCUCUGUUCAAGCUCCUGAAGCUCUCAAUCAUGUUGUGCCUCAGCCUGCAUCUUGAUUUUGCUCUGAUAUGCAUUCAACAGCUCCAGUUCCCACUGCAGCUGCAUUUUCAAAAUCUGGCACUCUGCUUCCUGGGCUUCAUCCAAACACAGCUUCAGACUCUUAGGCUGUUGUCGAACCUCCAUGACAUGCUUUUGCCUUAGUUCUCAUUCUCUUUGUUUAUUAUACUCCCACUGGUUAGUGAGCUCAGUUUGAUGCUGCAAUUUGAUCAACUCACAGCGCAUCUUCUGAAUUGUGUUGAGGUGGCGCAACUCCAGUUCUUGCAUGGAUUCAUGCUGCAGUAGCAUCGCAUGCUUUAAGUCCUUUUGAGUCCGCCUUUUAUUUAACUCCUCCGUGACAAGGUCCUGCUCCAAGUUAUGGCACCCAAGUAACAUCUUUCCUUUGAAGCAGUGGCGUUGCAGCUCUAGGUUCUGUCUCUGACGUUGAAGAUUAGUCUUUUCCUCUGCUUGGAAAUUCUGUAUAUUCUCUUUCUGCUUUGAAAGCCAUUCCUGUUUUCCUUUUUUGGGGGAUGCUCUGGUUUUCAUUCAGCUCCUUAGGCUGUUCCUUUCGAAGUUUAUAUUCUGUCUUCUGGGACUUCAAAAAGCUAUUCAGUUCUUUCUUCUGUUGGGCCUGAAUACAUUGCUGAAAUUUUUUCUCCUCAUUGAACAUUACUUUAGCCUCUUUUUCCAUAGCCUGAUGUUUCUUGAUAAGUUUCUUCAUUUUUGCAGCAAAGUUGUUACACUAAGUUUUUUUUUUCAAGACCUUUGUCUAAUAUGAGAUGAUGCUCAUCCAUCUUAGCCUUUAGCUUAUUUUCCAGAUUUAUCAGCUGUUUUUGACGUUGCUGCGUCAUUCUCUUACCGCCAGACAUUUGUUCUCUAAGCUCAGUUUCCUGCUCAUGUUCUUGCAUUUGCCUUAUAGUGGGUUUUAAAUGGAUGACAGAACUAUUAGACGUGACUGUGGUCUCCCUCCAUCGUUUCUAGCUCAUUCUUGUCAUCUGAGGCAUCUGGAAGACUGUUAACACUACUGCUUUGACUACUGGCCCUGUUGGACAUACUGGGAAUAGACUGAUUACUUCCAACACUAUUCACUGUUCCUGUCUGUCCAACACUGUGAUCUUGUUCCUCUUCUUCCUGUGCUUCUACUGCUGGUCCAUUAUGUGCCUCCUCGAAAAGGACCUUCUUCAUCUUUCUAUACUGCAGAUUUCCAGCUCUCUUUCGGCAUCCUUUGUCCUUUGAAUGAGAUCUAUUAAUACUGUUGCAGGGCACUCCCAAAGAACAAACACAUGCUUUAAAAGUUCCUCUGAUGAAGGACGAUCUUGAGGGAUUUUCUGGAGGCAAGAGACUACAAAGUUGUGAAAAUAAUCACACCAGUCAUUUGACUGUAGUGUAGGGGAUUCAUUUUUGGCUAUGUGACAUAGGCACUUACUGUAUUCAUAUCAAAUAAAGGAGGCUCCCUUUCUUUGAUAUGGAGUUCAAUACAUGUUAUUCCAAGAGACCAUACAUCUAUUUUGCUAUAAUACUUUUCUUCAUCCAUGGCUAAAAUUAUUUCUGGGGCCAUCCAAUAUGGUGUUCCCACAAAAGAAUAGGCAGGAGAGGCCAUGGAAGCAAUGACAGGGCACCUUUUUGUCAAAAGCUAAGGACAUUCACAAGUGAGACUUUGAUAGCAAGAAGGAUGUAUUCUCUAAGAUACACGCCUGGUAGUCUCUGGCACAGUUUUCCACACCCAGCCAUUUCUAAAAUAGCAUUCACUGAGUGGCUUCCAUAUUUUUUAUGUCUUGUUGAUACAUCUCGUGGAGAGGUCGGCCAAAAAUCUGCAGCUGAUUUGAAAUGAAAAGUAAAUGUCAACUACUCGAUAUUGGCAGCCAGGUCAGCUCUCUCUCUCCUUUUUUAAGGCCACGUGCACUGCUAGGUUCAUGGGUUAUCAGUUCUGUCUUGCUUAAAUGCCCACCAAGAAUGUUCUUGACUACUACAAAACAAAAAGAGCCAAAGUAAAGUGAUUAAAGAGAAAUUUCAUUAUUUCUUUGGGUUCUGUGUACUGAAAUGUCACAGGGAACAGAUUAAAAGUAAUUUGAAAUCUUAAGAAUUAUUAUCAGUGAAAUGUUUCUCAUUUAAAAUAUCCUGGAGCUUAAAAUGUCUUGUGGAUAAAUUCAGUCACAGUAUUUCUUCUUAGGUCAGUAAUGCUAACAGUGUUGAAAAAUAGAAUAUUUAGUCAGAUGUAAUUUUGGUUGCUCUUUUUAUUAGUAGCAGUAAAGUAAAAUUGUAUUUUAUUCACUAGCAUUUUCUACACCCAAGUGCCUAAAAGAUUUCAUUUUAAGUGUGUAUUGAUUCUGUAGGCCAAAUAUUUAUGUUAACACAAGGGGGAAAAAAUGUUAUGUGUAUUUUCCAAUAAUCAAAUAUUAACAUUUAUGCUUUUGUGUUUGAAAUUUUAAUUAAAAGUAUUUAUUAUAAAUAUUA